GAAGUGGCUCCAUGGCUGCUGGUUCUACAGGCCAAGUGAAACCUUUCACCUGGCAGCUCGCAAGUUUCUGGAGAAGGAAGUCUUCAAGAGCGACUACUACAACAAAGUGCCCAUCAGUAAGGUUCUGGGCAAAUGCGUUGUCCUGUUUGUGAAGGAUUAUUUCAAGAUGCAACCUGAGGGCUUUAGAGCCGAGGACGUGUACAUCUGCGAGUCCCGUUACGCUGCCAGGAACAAGUCGUUCAAAAAGAUCAAGAUAUGGGCCGUGCCUCCCAGCACCCUGAAGCUGGUUCCUCGCGAGGUGCCGCUGCCGGUUGUCCGCGUUGCGUCCAUGUUUGCCAAACCUGACCAGGACAAACUGACCAUUUCAUAUGCUGGCAGUGGCGGUUUUAUUGACAAGGACAGAGAAGAGGUCAUUACGGAGAUGAGUGGAGCAGAGCCCGGCUGUCAGCACUAUGAACAGCAACGCCACAACAACAUGUGGUUUAAAGUGGGAGACUGCGUUUACAUCCAGUCACAUGGUCUGUCAAAGCCCCGGGUUGCCAGGAUAGAGAAGCUGUGGGCGAAGAGCGGAUCUACCUUCUUCUUCGGACCCAUCUUCAUCCAUCCUGAGGAAACAGAGCACGAACCUACAAAGAUGUUCUACAAGAGAGAAGUGUUUCUGAGCCAUCUGGAGGAGACCUUGCCCAUCACCUGUGUCAUAGGCAAAUGUAUGGUGUCCUCCUUUAAGGACUUCCUGUCCUGCAGACCUACCGAGGUUCCAGAGGAGGACGUGCUGCUGUGCGAGAGCCGCUACAUCGACACAGAGAAGCAGAUGAAAAAGUUCAAGGGUCUGAAACGCUUCUCCUACUCUUCCAAAGUGGUGGAGGACGAGGUCUUCUACUUCAGGAAAUUGAUGGUGCCACAGAAGGAAGCAUCUCCCUUAUUGGACAAGAAGAUCAGCGAGCUUGAGGUCAAACUGGCAGAUGUAGAGGACGAUGAUAUCGAAGACAUGGAGGACGAAUUGGACGCUCCACGGACGCCUUUGAUGCCUCAGAUGCAAACCCCUAUUACCAGCGAUAUGGACUCCAUUAAUUACACUCCCUCUCAGACUACUCCCAAGGUGAAGGGCUUAUCCAAGAAGGAAGGGGCCAAAAGGAAGAUCAACAUGAGUGGGUAUAUCUUGUUCAGCAGUGAAAUGCGAGCGGUCAUCAAAGCUCGACACCCAGACUUCUCCUUCGGGGAGCUGAGUCGCCUCGUGGGCACCGAGUGGAGGAACCUCGAGUCUACCAAGAAAGUGGACUAUGAAGAACGUGCAGCCAAAAUCGUGGAUCAACAGGAGCGGGAGAGACCCCACCCGAAGCAAGCGUCCCCUAGAGCAGGUACCCCUGUAGGAGCACUGAUGGGGGUGGUGCCUUCGCCUAGCACAAUGGGAAUGAUAAACCAGACCAUGACACCUGUGUCAGGCAUGAUGACAGCUUACGGCCAACAUUACAUGCCCAUGCAGGGCCCCCAUGAGGGCUUGUUGAGUGUGGCCACAAUGCCACCUCAUCAUGCAGGGGGGCCCUUCCUGCCUCUCCACCAUCUCCAGCAAGGUAUGCCUGGGUACCCUGGCAUGCCUCAUCAGGGUAUGAUGGGUGCUGGUAUGAAUGGCAUGGCAGGAAGUCCUUCUCAAGGAAACUUUAUGCAACAGCCCGGGAUGUUCAGCCCAGGACCGCAGGCUCCUCCACCGUAUCCCGGACAGGGCCAGCUGGGCCAGCCCUCACACCUGCAGCCCACCACUCCCAUGUUUGUGGCUCCACCACCAAAGACCCAGAGGGUGCUCCACUCCGAGGCCUACCUGAAGUACAUCGAGGGCUUAAAUGCAGAGUCCAACUCCGUCAGCAAGUGGGAUCAAACACUGAGAGCUCAAAGACGUGAUGCUCAUCUGACCAAAGAGCAGGAGAGCCGGCUGCCAGCUCACUGGCUGAAGAGCAAAGGAGCCCACACCACCAUGGCGGAUGCUCUGUGGCGCCUGCGUGACUUGAUGUUGCGAGACUCUCUGAACAUACAGGCGUACAACCUGUAACCUGUAGGACCGACCACUAUAAUCAGCUCACUCACUGCUCUUUCCCUCAGGCUACAGAGUUUAAGAAGGAUCAUAGACCUUAGAAGCAAUAUUUUAUAGUGAAUCAUGAUCAAUUUUAUAUUUAUUAGCUAAUAUAAUGAGCUUGAUAGUUAUUUGUGUGUGCAUUUCCUUUUUUACCUUACUGGAUUAAUUGUGCUGCAAAACCAGUGUUCUUUUGUCUUUCUGAUACUACCAAAAUAAAAUUCAGAACACACUGUAAA